UAUAUUUUUGCAUUUUCUUUUAUAUUUUAUUCUGAUUACGUUUUCCUCAUGUCUCAUUCGUAAACAACAGAAGGGGAUUUUGCUUUUUGUUUAUAUUUUAUCGGAAAUCCCUUUAUUCUUCUUAUUUAUUUCGUUGGGGACGUCUUUUAUUUUGGUUUCCGAAACGCGCCGUAUUUCGCCGAUCUCGGAAAGGUUCCGGUAAAUUAGCCACAUAUCCAAAGAGUUUGUCUUACGUUUUGCAAAAUAAUCAAAAUAUAUUGUGAUCCGUUCCAUACCUUGUCUAGUAGUGGUCAACUCAUCAUCCAAAAAGUCUUUGAAAAGCGAACAAAAUGACAAUUCUCUAUAAAGUUCAAAACCCCGGUGGCAACAAGGAUGGCUAUUUCCUGCAGAAUUGUGUUCUAUGUAGGAUCUCUGUCAAAAACCUGGUAGCUUAUUGUGUCCAUCAAGCUCUGCAGAGCACCGUGUCGGUGUGUGACAUCGUCUCUCCGUGGCAGAGUUUUAAAAUAACCACAUCGAAGAAUUUAGUUUCCGUCUUGGAAUGGAAUCAAACCGGUGAAAUGUUGCUGGUAGGAUAUAAGAAUGGCAUCUGCGAAAUAUGGAUAACACGUCGUCAUGACAUCAACAACUGGAAAUUGGCGUACAAAGCCAAUUUAGCCUGUGAGGAAAUUAUACAAGCCAAGUUCUUCCAUAAUGGCAAGCAAAUGUUUUUCAACACGCACAAGAAAGAUUUGCAAGCCUAUUCCGAUAAGUUUGAACGUUCCGAUUUUCGUCCAUCGUUGACUCACUUUGGUAGCACUCCCAUGGAGGGGUGUUUCGUGCUAUCGUCAUCGGGGCUGAUGGGGGCUUUUGCAAUACCCCAAUUACUACCGCCCAUGUUUGAUGUAGGUGGAAUCAAUUCCCAGCCCGUGGAGUUAAAUGUCCACACUUACAGUUUGGAACUAUCUCGAUCGUAUAUUACCCACAGCUGUGUUGACUACAAUCCCAGUGGAACUUUCAGUGUUGUGGUCAAUAGCUGGAAUGAACCUUUGAUUAAUUGCUACAAGGUAGCCGUCGAAAAGGAAAAAGACCAAGAGUCUCUGGCAUUGAAAUGUGGUUCAAUGACAAGUGUCUUCUUUCAAAAAGAUGAACUGGAAAGUAAACAAGUCUCUCACAUACGUUGGCGUUUCAUAAACGGCGAUGAAAUGCUGUUCGUGGUCUACGACUACAUGGAGGGUAGCUUUUUGGAACAAUGGAUAUUGACAAAGAAACAUCAAGCGGUCCAUAAACUUUUGCAAAAGAACAAAACUGAUUUUGUGCAAUGGGAACAAUGGGAAUUGUCGGCCAAAUUGUCACUGACAUCCAAAGUUUGUGACAUCUGUUUGACAAAAUUGCCCUCGGAUACGCUUUUGAUAUUUGCCACUCUAAAGGAUUAUUCCGUGCAGGUACUUGAAAUGGGCCUUAAAAAACAGGCUGCCCUUGUUGUGGAGCGAAUGCCCGAGGAUCAUCAAAGAGCUCAAUGCAAACUGCUGGUGUCGGAUAUAACUUUUCUUAACCAAUUACUAAUCAUUUUCGAUAAUCUGGGCCAGAUGUAUGCCAUGCAAGUGCCCAAUCAUCAUUACGACAAGAAUUACAAAAUGAAUCCCCUCUCACUGCCAGCCGCCUUACUGGAAUAUUCCAUAGUCACAGGCAUAGAUGCCAGUGAUGUGCUGAUGUUGAAUCUACCCAACCUUGAGGUGUUGGCAGAAAAAAUUACCGAAAAUUUUACCAGACAACAUAAUUUUACCCGCCAAUACUACUACUCCAGUUUCCUGUCGUUGAAGAGUAACCUUUGCCGUAUACAAACCAAACAACAAGAUUUCGAUGAUCUCAUAACUUUACAUUCCAUAUCGAUUGCCUUCAAAAGCCUAUUGAGACCCUCGGACUUGAGUUCACAAGACAAGGGACCUGCUGAGAAUCUUUCAAUGAUAUUGUCCGAUUCGAAUCCCCAAUACAAUGAUGUAGAUAAGGUUUUGUAUGUAUUGGAUGCAAAGGAUUUCACAGUGGAACCCAUCACCCUACAAAGUUUACAACAACUGAUCCAAUGGGUUGCCGACUUGGCACUCAGCAUACUUAACAAACUCCCAGAGGACAUCAUGAAGGCUAAAUUCAACAAAAAGCAUGGCUAUGAUAUUAGUCGUGAUAUGAUAGCCAUCAGUAGCAUAAGAGAACUUUUGGUUAUGAUCCGCAUUUGGGGUCUGCUCAAUCCGUUGUGCUUACCCAUUUAUAAGAAAUCGGUGGAGAAUUUUGAUGUCCUUCCGGUUUUGUUCCGUUUGCUCACCAGGCUCUAUCAAAAUCCCAAUGAGCCAGAUGAUGUGCUGCUCGAUGAUUGUAGUGUGCUGUCGACACAAGUCCUUAUACCCAGCCGCCAUACAAAUACCCCCACAACAUUGUUGAAUAAUCAUGCCACAGCAAAACUGUUUCCGUUUGUUUUUCAAACAUCCGUUGAACCAUUGGCUCUGCAGGAUCUACACUAUGAUGAGGUGGUAUUCUCGCAUAGUUGUCGAGAUGAUGUCAGUAAUUUGCACUUGGGUUCGAAAGUGAAGACCAUAAGGAAAUGUGUACGCUGUGGUUUUAUCAACAACAUAAAUAAGACGGCAAAAACGUCGGCUUUAAAGGCCUGGUGCCAGCGAUGGCAGUACUGCCAUUGUGGAGGAUUUUGGUUAACUGUUUAAACUUCCAAGUGCUUGGCUAUAAACGAGAGAGAUUUAUUAGUUUUUAAGUUACACAGUUAUAUUUGUACGCAAUAAAGACUUUGAUUAUAAGGGUA